AUGCUAAACAUCCUUAAUAAGGACAGUGAAAUCCCUCAUCAACGGUACGAGAUUCAAGGUGUUGAGUUUCGACAUGCCGACCAAGACUGUCAACACGAAGGUCAUCACAAGGCUAACAGCGAUUACACAGAAUGGAGAUGGGGCUCAAGAACCUUGAUAAAACUGUCCUGUGAGCUCGAUGAAAGGAAAGAGCUUGUGAUUGGCACCUCAUCAAUUAUGGGCGCUAGCGCCGAAGUGGUUGCAAUUUUUUAA